AUGCCAAGUGUAUCCCAAGACGAACAAAUUGAUGCUGGUGAUGCAGAUAUAUAUGAUCGGAUGGAGGACAUGAUUAAUGAUGUGGGAGCUGAGGCGUUUGAACAAGCACAUAUGAACAGAGUUUGCGAGUCUUUGUCUACUGAAGCAAAUAAGCCACUCUACAGUGGUUGUAAAAACUUAUCACGUUUGACUGCAGUAUUAAAAUUAAUCAACUUGAAGGCGGCGCAUGGAUGGAGCGAUAAAAGUUUUACAGAGUUGCUACGCUUGCUUCAGAAUAUGCUUCCCGAGGAUAAUGAAUUGCCUGAUUCUAAUUAUGAGGCAAAGAAAGUAUUGUGCCCUUUAGGCUUGGGGUAUAAGAAGAUUCAUGCUUGUCCUAACGAUUGUGUUUUGUACAGAAAUGAAUAUAAAAGUCUUGAGAAGUGUCCAGUAUGUGGGGUUUCUCGUUUCAAAGAAGAAACUGAUGCUAAUUUGAGUGUUCGUGUUCGUAACAAGAGACCACCGGCGAAGGGUUAUGUAAAGAAUCCUCAUCGGCCUGAGGCAUCUAUUGUUGAUAGAUAUGUUGCAGAAGAAGCGAUCGAAUUUUGUACGGAGUACUUAUCGCAGACCAAAUCUGUUGGUCUUCCGAAAUCUCGCCAUGAUGGAAGAGGUUCCGGACAAGGGACACUUGGAGGAAAAAUGAAAAGUGUUGAUCGUGAAGAGUUGUUGAAAGCACAUCUAUAUGUACUAACUAACACUCCUGAAGUUCAUCCAUAUUUAGACCAGCAUAAGAGACUCAUAAAGGAACAGAAUCCUAGAAAACCAGAACGAUGGUUGGUGAACGAGCAUAACAAGACAUUCAUACCAUGGUUCAAAAAUGAGGUUGGUAAUGAUAAUCUCGCUUCAGAAACUGUCUCAUGGUUGGCUCUUGGUCCUAAUUCUGAUGUCAUAACUUGGCGUGGAUAUGACAUAAAUGGGUACUCCUUCUACACGAAAGAACGAGAUGAUAAGAGUACUAUGCAAAAUAGUGGUGUUUCACUUGUAGCGGACUCAAUUCAUUUCUCAAGUGCAAAAGACAAAAAUCCAUUAUAUGCUUCAAGUUCUUAUUAUGGGAUUAUUGAAGAGAUAUGGGAGCUUAAUUAUAUUAAGUUUAAAGUGCCUGUUUUUAAAUGUAAAUGGGUAGAUAGUAAUAAUGGGGUGAAGUUAGAUGAGUGGGGGUUUACGUUGGUUGAUUUUAGCAAAGAAGGAUACAAGAAUGAACCAUUUGUUGUGGCAAGUCAAGCAAAGCAAGUGUUUUACGUCACAGACCCAUGUGACAAAAACUGGUUAGUUGUCCUUCAAGGGAAAAAGCGAGUAUCGAAUGACUCUGUUGAUGAUUCGACUUUAGAUAUUCUUGAAUUUCCUUCCACAUCACCAAGGAUGCCUGUUGUAAAUGAAGAACUUGAACUUGAUGAUGUAUAUGCUACAAGAAAUGAUCAUCAUGAAGGCAUAUGGGAGAACACGCCGGUAAACAUACAAUCACACUCUUGA